UGAGCAAAUGGGAAGGGGUUUUGUGACCAAGAAAAGGAUAAAAAAAGUUGGAUGGGAAAAAGGAGGAAAUGUCAAAAGUUAAGAAAACAAGUUUACAAUAUUUAUCCACCCUAAGAAAUUUAUAAUCUAUUAUAUCUGCUACCUUCGUUUCAUAUUCAUUGCAACUUUAAAAUUUUUUAUAUCUUACAAAUAAUAUGAUACAGAGAUGGUAAUUAAUUAUUUUUUUUGUUUUUUUUGUUUUGACGAGAUGUGGUAAUAAUUUUCAUUGAACUUGAAUAGAUUAGAUGGGCUAUUAAGAAGUCUAAUCUAUAUCAAUAGUAAGAAACAUCAGAAGCCCAAAUGUUUAAGGCCCAUACAUAUGACAUACUCGUAUGACAAAGAAAAAAGAUGUACAAUACGGCUUAUAUAUAUCAGAGGAGAGCAAAUUGGGAAAAACGCGAAACAACGAACCCAGUAGCAAGGGUUUGUAAUUCAAUUCAAUUAACGAGGAUGAAGAUGAAUCAGAAGGAUACAGGGUUCAGGGCGCUGAAAAAUCAGAUGAAUACAGGUUCCAGUCCAAUUGAAGACGACGACGGUGGUUUUCGUGAUGUAACUGAUCCUUAUUCUGGUGUACCAGAGGACUAUGUUUAUCCGCAAGAGGACUACACAGAGGCCUAUCGUCGUCAAAAUCUUGAAUUCUCCCAAAUAGCACUGGAAUACUACAACAAGACAUCGUACCAACUAUGAACUUGUUGAGCCCUUGGAUAGCUCAAUUUUCAGCCAUUUUCCAAUGUGGAUGCAUCUAAACUUCACGGCUAAGCUGAAAUCAGCUCUUGAUGGGAAUGACAAUUCUUCCGCCAAGCUCUUCUUUGUGGAGUUUUUUCAUGAAACAGGUCGCUGGGUUGUCAAUGCCUGUCAUAUCCUUAAAGGUAAAUCUAGCCGCUGUGAUUUUUGUCGACUUGAGUCACUUGACACCAUUAAGCAUCCAACCCAUGGAUUUCGUAUGAAGCAAAUGUCUGAGCCUUAUGCUUUACGCUCUCGAGCUCGUGGUUCUACAGUCGCCUAGGAUGUCAACUUGGCAGCCAAGUUUUGAAUUCUGCAAACAAUGGUUGCAUGUUUUCAACCUGUUUGAUGGCCCUAAAAACCAUGUUAUGUACUAAGCACUAUAUAUAUAAUUUUUGGAAAAUAUAUCAUAUUUUAUAUUAUUUUAUUUGGGCAGGUGUAGUUGGGAGAACUGUAAGAUUUUGAGAUAAUUUGAAUUUAUAAGCACUUGACAUUAUUUCAAAUCUUUUCUCAGCUUUAUAAUAA